AUGUACCGCGCUGUCUGCCUCGCCGACAACCUCGACAAAUACGGCGUAUUCGGCCCCAAGAAGAUCGCGCUGGGCUCAACGCCGUCUAUGGAUGGCCAGUCCUUCUCGAGUGGAUUUACUCUAUCAACGGAAGAACCGCUGGCCACCCUCGACUACGACUAUGAAGUGGCAGGACUGCCGUACUUCUUGGUGUCCUCCGUUUCCAAUGGACCUGUGGAGAUCGAGGUCAAGUACGCUGAGCAGUUCCCAGCGCUCUCGCUCAACUACUCGGAUGGACCAUCGCAGUUCACCACUUCCAUUGCCAACUCACGUCGUGUGGAGACUCACCGCUUCACGGAAGAUGAAAUCGGAGCCACGAUCACCUCCGUGCUCAGUCAACCUGGCCAACGAUGGCAGUCUCUUCGUCUACUGACCGGAGACUCCAUCACAUUUGAGACGGUCGGCUUACAGGCUUCUGUGGAGGUGAUUGACGACCUGACCACUCUAUCCGGCAAGUUUUCAAGCUCCAACGCCAACUCGUCCAAAGAGAACGGUACCUAUGGGCUCCGGUACGGUACGCGUCCAGGUAUUUCGUAUCGCACAUGGAACCUGACGGACUACGUGCUCACUUUCGAGUCGCAGAUCAUCCGUGGUGGUGCAGGCUACACCAUUGCGUACGACCUCACAGGCAACCGUGACGGCGUGCAGAUCCAUUUGUCGUCCGAGUAUCCGAGCGACACGACAUCAACACGACUUUGUUUCCUGCCAACACGCAUGACGAGCUACAUUUUGGGUCAGUACGACGUGCCGUUCAACGUGAAAGAAAACGUCUGGUACCCCGUUGAGAUCCGCGUCAAUGCUACUGCUGGUAACAUCGUGUUCUCCAUCGACGGAAAGCAAGUAUUCGAUAUCAUUCUGACCGAAAUGGGAUUCACGGAUGACCAGCUCUCCUUCUACGGUUAUGCGUCGCGCGGUGAAGGUGCCAUCGGCUUCGGUGGUUGGCAGGACCAGGCAUCUUAUGUUCGUAAUGUGACGGCAACCAGCUUGUCGGACUCGUCCAAGGUGCUCUACUCGAACCCGAUGACGGACGAGAGUGUAGUCGUACCAGAGUUUGGCGGUCAAAGCAACGCGCACGGCGUUUGCAUGGAUGGUGCCAAGCGAGACCGAUACAUCUGGCUGGGAGAUUUCUACCACACAACGCGUAUCAUGGGCGUGGCCAACUCGAAGCCCGAGCAGAUCGCUGGGACGUGGGAGUUCCUGUUCGAGUACCAAGCAGACUAUGGUCAGUUUUCUGGUUUCGCACCGAUCUCUUACCAAUCGCCCAUGCCCCUACCCGAAGUAUUUCUCAACGAUGCCGGCAAGGUAGAUGCGUACUACAAUUUCCCGGACUACGUGAUCCUCGGAAUGAUCGGUUUGGUGUCUUAUAUGGACUACUUUGACGAUGACGCCUUCGUAAAAGCCCACUGGGAGGAGUUCACCCGUGCGAUGACAUGGUUGAUUGGCAACCAAGGAAGCAAUGGGCUCAUUGACUUGACGAAAUACGUGGUGGUCUUCCUUGGACCCGGUGCGGGGAUGGCUGUGAACGCUGCUGCUGUGCAAUGUCUCGACGGUAUGGCAGGUGUGGCUCGGGCCACAGGCGACCUGGAAUCUGCAAACUCGUGGCUUCAGGUCGCUGCUAGUGUUAAGACUGCGAUUAACGAACUGCUCUGGAACGAUACACUAGGCAACUACGCUGUGGAUGUCUCGACACCGGAAGUCUACGGAGUCUCGGCCACUGCGUUUGCACUCACUUCGGGCGUAGCCAACGAGACGCAGAUCAAGCUGAUAGUGGACGGCUUGGAAGGUCUGCGUCAAGGCCCGGGUUACCUUGACAGCAGCGAUACCGAUAUUACUGCACACAUCUCACCAAACACGAACGGGUUCUUACUCGAUGUGCUCCUGCAACACGGAUACACCGACCAAGCUGUCUUUUUGUUCGACAAUCUCUGGGAUGCCAUGAUCUCGAACGAGAACUUCCGGUCCGGAGCGAGUUGGGAAUACGUUGCACAGUCGUUGUAUUGA